AGUUGAAGCAAAUUUUAGGUUAAUCCAAACAAAAAUGAUAACAUGAGAGGUUUUCACUGUUUUUACUGUUUUAUUGCAUUGCAGACACUAGGUACUUUGAAAUAAAAGCAAUUUCUUCAUCUUGAAGAAGAUGGAAUAUGACUUUGAAAAAAUUUGUCGUGUUUGCUUGGUUAAAAGUGACGAGAUGAUGUCUCUUUUCAAAGUUAACGUUUCAAGAAAAAUUAUGGCUUGUGCUUCAGUACAGGUAUGGCCGAAUGAUGAAUUACCCGCACAGAUCUGCAACAAAUGCUGUGCAAAGUUACAUGUAGCUUUCCAGUUCAAAAAACUCUGUGAAAAGUCUGAUUCGAAAUUGCGGACUUAUAUUGCUGAGAAUGGGCGAAUGAAAUCAAACAAAAAGCAAAUUCAAUCAAGUGAUUCGCGUCAGCAUUCUGUUAAUAAUCAAGGAAUGCUGAAUAAGCAGUUGGAAGGAUUAAACAAACACCAAGAUGUGCAUCAGGAGCAAUUGCAGCACCAUACGCUAGAUACUAUGCAUGCCCAGAACAACUGCAGGUUUGUUGAAUGUAGUGAUAUUGUUGAUGUUUAUGUUCAAGAUUCAUCAUACGUUCAGAAUGGUCAACCCAUACAAGGAUCUUUAGGUCCUAUGAACAACUUCAACACAGCUCAACCCACAAUUCAAGCUCCAUUGCAAAUCGGAAACUACAAUGUAUCCAAUGUUGUUUAUAGUAAUUCCUAUCCAAUCACUUUACAGCCACCUCCUUUAAUGCAUAACCAGAUGCUCACCUCAAUUCCUAUGCAACCAAUACAACAAGAAACACCACCAAAUAUUCAACAAAUUCCAGGGCAAGCAGCACCUUCAAAAAAAGAAACAACCACUGAAAAUAAUUCAAUUGAAGCCAAUUCAGAUAAAAUGAAAAAUGAAAAAAACUCAGACAAUCCUAACCAGUGUCCAGUCUGCUUAAAGAUAUUUCUGAAUUCAACUAAGAAGAACAGGCAUAUGAAAAUACACUCGAAAACAGAUAUGCCAUAUAAAUGUUCAGUUUGUAGUAAAGAAUUUACGCAUGGCGGUAAUUAUAAAAUUCAUAUGAGGAUGCAUAAUAAUGAGAGGCCAUUCAAAUGUACAAUGUGUCCAAAAGGAUUUGUGCAAGCCCAAGACUUGGAAAAGCAUAUGAGAACACAUACAGGUGAAAGACCACACAAAUGUCCUAUGUGUUGGAAAGCUUUCUCUGCAGGAUCAAAUUUAAUAGCACAUAUAAGAACCCACACUGGGGAACGUCCAUAUGUGUGCUGUGUUUGCUCAAAGGCUUUCUGCCAAUCGAAUGAAUUAACAAAGCACAUGAGGACACACACAGGUGAAAAAUCUCAUAGGUGUGAUAUAUGCAACAAAGGUUUCAAUGGGUCCAGCACACUAAUUGUCCAUAAAAGGUCACACACAGGUGAAAAACCCUUCAUGUGCAAAGUUUGCAGCAAGUCAUUCUCACAAUCAAGUUGUCUCUCAGCACAUUUGAAACGUUAUGGGGAAUCGAAAUACCCUUGUGAUUUGUGCAACGUGUCUUUCCACUCGGAAAAAGUGUUACAAGAACAUGAGAAAACUGAAGAACAUAAUUCGAAACUUUUCAAGUGCCAAUCCUACAGUAAACAUGUAGUUUCUGCACAAAGUGGAUUUGACAAACAUGUUAUAAGUGAACAUAUUGAUACUUUGAGUAUAACUGGUAGCUAACUGUAAGCUAAGACAUGUUGGAGAAAAAGUUUUUUAUAGAAAGUGAAAUUAUAAUCAUUUUUGAUUACUUGUGGGAUAUAUCAGAAAGAUAUACUGAAGAUAUUGUAUACUUGAAUGUUUUAAUGUAUUUUUCAAGAAAAUGCAAAUGUAAAAAUUGCUAAGUGAUAUGAAUAAAGAAUGGAGUAAAAUAAU